AUGGAAGAGUUUAACGUUUGCAUUGAUGCUUGUGGUUUUGUUGAGUUGGCUCAUAAAGGGAAUGCACUUUUCUGGUGUAAUGGCCAGGAAGGAAAUGCUCGGCAAUGGGCACGGUUAGACAGGGCUCUAGCAAAUUCGUUGUUUUCUGAGUCUUUUUCGUCGGCGAAUCUGGAAUAUCUUAUUCGUAAGUCCUUGGAUCAUAGUCCUAUGGUGGUGAAGUUAUCUCGUUUCUCGUCUAGGGAUGUGUGGGAGAGGCCUGUAUAUGGGUUAGGCUUGGUGAAACUGGCUGCUAAAUUAAAACGCACCAAAGUUGCACUUCGAGCAUGGAAUGCUUCCGUGUUUGGGCGGGUUGAUCAGAAUAUAAAGCUAUUGGAAGAAAGGCUAGUAUGCUUGGAAUCCCAACUUCAGUUGAAUUACUCGGAGGAUAUUGAGUCUGAGUAUCUCAUUUCCAAGCUGGAGCUAGAGGUGUGGGAAAAGAGAGAAGAAGCUCGACUAACUCAAAUAGCGAAGAAGAAUUGGUUGAUGGAGGGGGAUAAGAACUCAAAAUUUUUCCAUGUGAUGGUUAGUCAAAGAAGACGAAGUUCUUCUGUUGCGCAGAUGGUACUUGAGAAUGGGAUGGUGCUGAGCUCGCCUGGAGUAGUACAUGCGGGAGUCGUGGAGUAUUUUCGAGAGUUUUUAUCAGAGGUUAUAGAAAUGCAGAGGACAGACUUGCAUGGAUUAAUGCAUCUGGAAGUGUCACUCAUUGAGAAUGAGGAGCUGUGUAGUUCACCCAUGGAGGAGGAAGUGCGUGCUGCGGUCUUCUCUAUUCCUGAGCAAAGCAGCCCGGGUCCGGACGAUCCGCAUAGCUUUGAGAAAUUCCGUCCUAUCAGUCUUUGCUCAAUGGCAUAUAAGAUAUUCUCAAAGAUCAUUGUUUCAAGGUUAACGAGUGUUUUUCCGAGGCUGAUUUCGCCCGAACAAGGGGCGUUCAUUCCAGGGCGCAGUAUCUUUGAAAAUAUAUCUCUUGCUCAAGAGAUGGUGCAUGGCUUGAAGAAGAAGACUCGGGGGGGAAAUGUUAUGGUUAAGAUUGAUAUGGUGAAGGCAUAUGAUCGACUCUCCUUGAAAUUUGAGAGUGGAGGUAUUGGAAAAUUCUAUCAUCCAAUGGGGUCUUCUCCGUUGGUUUCACAUUUAUUGUACGCAGAUGAUGUAUUAGUUUUUUUGAAUGGGACAAAGCGCUCAAUGCAAAGGUUGAUGAAGACUUUUGCAUUGUAUGAGAAAUGGUCUAAGCAGCAGAUUAGUAUUGCUAAGUCUGCACUUUUUAUUGCUCCGUAUGUUAGUAGUGUAAGGAGGCGUCGUUUAUUACGGAGUACUGGAUUUCUGGAGGAUCAUUUCCCUGUGACUUACUUGGGAGCCCCGUUGAUGGAUGGGAGGUUGAAGGCUAGUUAUUUGGAUUCGUUGGUGACUAAACUAAGAGCAAAAGUUGCUGGAUGGAAGGCUCGUUUAUUAUCGCAAGGGGGAAGAUUGGUUAUGUUAAAGCAUGUUUUAACGAGCAUGGCUUCCCAUAUUUUAGUUGUCAUGGAUGUUUCGAAGGUGGUGAUUGCCAAGCUUAAUAAUAUUCUAUUGUCUUUUUUUUGGGGUGAACAUGGAGGCAAGGCUAAGAUGAAAUGGUGUGCUUGGGAUCAGAUAAGCAAGCCAACUAGUGAAGGGGCCUUGGGAUUGAGGAGUUUUUCGGAAGUGCAGAGCGUCAUGCAUAUGAAACUGGCAUGGUCUCUUUUGUCAACUAAUUCUUUGUGGGCUCGGUUUAUGCUGCAAAAAUAUGGAAAGGGUAGGCAUUUAUCUUUGGUGGUCUCUACGCAUGCAAGUUCUCGGUUAUGGAGAUCAAUUGUCUGUAUUUUACCAGAGGUUUGUGAGGCUUCGAAAGUGAAGGCGAAUGAGGGUCGGUCAUCGUUUUGGUUUGAUAGAUGGGUUGGGGAAAGGUCGCUGUGUGAGUUGGUUUCCUCAGUGGAUCAACCUCUUUUGAAGAUUAGUGAUGUCUGGCUUCAAAAUCAGUGGGAUUUUAAGGUUCUUUCUCAGCUGGUGGGGAAAGAAUUGGCUAAUGAGGUUCAAAGGAAACUUGUAGCUUGGCAAAAACCAGCUGCUGGGUGGUGGAAAUUGAACAUGGAUGGAAGUUGUAGGGGUAAUCAAGAAUACUUUGGGGUUGGUACAAAUACGGAGGUUGAGAUACGUGCUCUAUUAUAUGGCGUGAAGAUGUGCAAGCAAUUGGGUGGUUCACAUAUUGUCUUAGAAUGUGAUUUGAAGGUGGUAGUGGACUGGCUUAGUGCUGGUCGAUGGCUAUGCAAAACUUUCAGCGAUUCAACUCCGGCUGACAUUCGCUCCAACUCUGAAUCUGAUGGAGUCGAAAAAUUCAGAGUUCAGAUUCAGAGUUACUCCGAGAAUUUUGGUCUGAGUCGGAGUGGAGUCAGAGUCGAUGUAAGCUCCGGAUCUGAACUUUGA